AUGUCUUCGCCCACGAAAAGGUCGACGAGAAGCUCGACGGCCGGCAGCACUCCCCGCCGGUCCACGAGAAAUAACCCAGAUGCCGGCCGAAGCAGCCCCGCGCCUGCGGAAGAGCAGCAGCGCCCGGCCGAAACCCCUCGCACAACCCGCCGCUCGCAACUCGCAUCGAGCCCUCUUUUUUACGAGUCUUCUCCUGCGCAAUCGGCUAGCAGUCGUCGCAAUGCGCCUGCCAAUGGCGAUGUUUCUUCCCCUCUGCGGGGCGGUAGCAGCAGCCAGAACACCAAUGUCGGCCCGCCUCCUAGCUCACCGCUGCGUCAAGACAUUGACACCCAGUCAACCGGUGACGGUGACAGGACCCCGCGUGCCAGUGGAAUGGCGAGAGACUCUUCGCCCAUCCGAUACGAUCCCAGUUCUAGUCCCGGCCGCUCAGCACCAAGACCGCCACAAUCAGACUUGCGCAGCGAUGCCAGCGGUCUCUUCGUCUCUGAUCGCGCUCGUUCACGAAGAGGUGACAUUCACUCUGAGGGUCUCAGCACCCCGCGCCGACGCAUUGUCUUGGACCCCUCCGGUAGAGUCACCUCAGAUGCACCCGGCUCUGAUGCACCAGGCUCUUCUGAACAGCAAAGCACUAUCUGGGGUACGACGGUUUCGCUCGACGAUACCUUCGCGGCCUUCAAGGAUUUUGUGAGGAAUUUCACAAAGAAGUAUCAGUACUACAGAGAUGGGUGGUCUGAAGCAGAAGUUCGAGCCGCCCCUGACGCCGAAUCCAAGCCGUACUGGGAAGCUCUCGAGACCAUGCUUCUUCUGGGUACCACCAGAAUGACCCUCAACGUCGCCGACCUGAGUACCUACCCGCCUACUCGCAUGCUUUGGCAUCACAUCCAAGCUUAUCCCCAAGAGAUCAUUCCCGUCAUGGAUCAGUCUGUGCACGAUUUGAUGAGUGAAUUGGCUAGAGCCGAGGAUGCGAGGCAACGGGCUUCUCAGAACGGUGCCGGUGAUGUCUCUAGACGAAGCAACACGGCCCUGAGCUCUGAGCCUGCUUUCCCCAGCUCAGACCACCCUGAUACACCUUCAGAUGCCCCAACACCUCGCGCAUCUCACGGUCAACCUUCGAAGGAAGACGAGGUCCAUCAGACGGUUUACAUGGUCAGACCUUACGGUCUUGAAAAGACCACAAAUCUUCGAGACCUGAACCCUUCAGACAUGGACCGUCUUAUCGCUGUCAAGGGUUUGGUCAUCCGAACUACACCAGUCAUUCCCGAUAUGAAGGAGGCUUUCUUCCGUUGCAAUGUCUGCGGGCACUGCAUCAACGUUGGUCUUGACCGUGGCAAGAUCCGCGAACCCACUGAGUGCCCCCGACAGCGAUGUGCCUCCAAGAACUCCAUGCAGAUCGUCCACAACCGUUGCACAUUUGAGGACAAGCAGGUCAUCAAGUUGCAGGAAACUCCUGACGCUGUUCCUGCUGGCCAAACACCUCAUUCUGUUUCCGUUUGCGUGUACAACGAACUCGUGGAUUUCUGCAAGGCAGGUGACCGUGUCCAGCUCACCGGUAUCUUCCGAGUCAGCCCUGUGCGGGUGAACCCUCGCCAAAGAACUAUCAAGAGUGUGUACAAGACGUACGUCGACGUUCUGCACGUUGGCAAGGUGGACAAGAAGAGGAUGGGUGUCGACGCUAGCACUCUCGGUGUUGAGGGUGACGAGGGCGAGACUGGCGACGAAAACGUCGAGGAGACUCGCAAGAUCACCCCGGAGGAGGAGGAGCAAAUCAAGGAGACUGCCGCGAGAAGCGACAUCUACGACUUGCUCUCUCGUUCGCUCGCGCCAUCAAUCUACGAGAUGGACGACGUCAAGAAGGGUAUCCUUCUUCAGCUGUUUGGAGGCACCAACAAGACUUUCUCGAAGGGUGGUAGUCCCAGAUACAGAGGAGACAUUAACGUCUUGCUGUGUGGUGACCCGUCUACUUCGAAGUCUCAGUUGCUCUCUUACGUGCACAAGAUCGCCCCUCGUGGAGUUUACACCAGCGGUAAGGGUUCUUCUGCCGUCGGUUUGACUGCGUACGUCACACGAGACCCUGAGACGCGCCAGCUCGUCCUCGAGUCUGGUGCUCUCGUUCUCUCAGACGGUGGUGUCUGCUGUAUCGAUGAGUUCGACAAGAUGUCGGAAGCCACCCGUUCCGUUCUGCACGAAGUCAUGGAGCAACAGACGGUAUCCGUCGCCAAAGCUGGUAUCAUCACCACUCUCAACGCCCGCACAAGUAUCCUGGCGUCUGCCAACCCUAUCGGCAGUCGCUACAACCCCGACCUCCCUGUUCCUCAAAACAUCGACCUUCCUCCUACACUGCUGUCUCGUUUCGACCUGGUCUACCUCAUCCUUGACCGCGUCGAUGAGAAGAGCGAUUCACGCCUUGCUCGCCAUCUUCUCUCCCUGUACUUGGAGGACAAGCCUGAUUCCGCUCACACGAAGGAAGACAUUCUCCCCGUCGAGUUCCUUACUUUGUACAUCUCCUAUGCUCGUUCCAACAUCCACCCUACCAUCGCACAGGAUGCCGCACAAGAGCUUGUCGAUCAGUACAUCGAAAUGCGCAAGCUCGGCCAGGACGUUCGCGCCGCAGAGAAGCGUAUCACCGCCACCACGAGACAGCUUGAAUCCAUGAUUCGUCUGUCCGAGGCCCACGCCAAGAUGCGUCUGUCCGAGACCGUCACCAAGCAUGACGUCCAGGAAGCCGCCCGCCUCAUCCGCUCUGCUCUCAAGACCGCCGCCACCGACUCUCAGGGUCGUAUCGACAUGAGUCUGCUGACUGAGGGCACGAGUUCCGCGGACCGCCGCAGGAAGGAGGAGAUCAAGGAGGCUGUUCUCCAUCUCCUCGACGAGCUCACCAGCGGCGGCCAGACUGUGAGGUGGAGCGAGGUCGCGAGAAGACUUGGCGAGGGUGCCAGCGUGCCGGUCGAGCAGGCCGACUUCAACGAGACGAUGCGUACGUUGGAGAUGGAGGGCCUGAUCAUGAUCAGCGGCGAGGGCGCGAGGAGGAGCAUCAGAAGAGUUGCGGCCGUGUAA